AGAGAAAGCUAGAAAGAAACGAAAGCCACAUAGAAAGUGAAAGAAAAUGUAAAUUAACAAUUAUUAUUAUUAUUAUUAUUAUUAUUAUUGUUAUUGUUAUUCGAGCAGAAACAGAGCACAGCAACAGCCAAAGAUUGCUCUCUUCUAAAUUUCUAACAGCAGCUCCUCCCCUUCAGCCUUCAGCUUUCCCUUUCUAAUUCUACUGGAUUCCAAGUGUCUGACCCAAACAAAGGUCUAGAUGAACUUUCUCUGUAAGUAUGAAUGUUAGCUGGGUUUUGUAGAUCACACCCCAGAUCUUGUAAUAGUUUGAUCCUGCUGAAUAGCGUGCCAGUGUUUGGUGAAAUUGAAGAGGAGAAGGAGGUGAGUCUUCCCCUUCAAGUAGAAAGAACAGACAGAAGUCAAAAGGGUCGUUGAUAAUCUGGGAAGUCGUUUGUCUUGUUUGAUUGUAAUUGAUUCUGUACAACUGGAUAUCUCAGUUUGAGCUAAACGGUUGGGAUGGCUUUAUUCAUUCCGGAUUUCUCUUCACAUGGAAGAGGCUUAGAUUUCUUGUUUAGAUGAGAAGGGGCUAGAAUUGGAACAAGUUUAAGUAAAGCAUGCUACUUUUUGAAGGUGGAGAAGAAAAGAGGGUUCUGGGAAGUAUUAGAUCAUCAGUGGACUGCUAAAUCUCGCUUGAAAUCAGUUUAAUGCAUGGGGGAGUUUUCCUUUCUUUAACUGAAGCUAUGGGCCUUCUCCAUCAUUGGUGCUGCAUCUUCUACUCUUGAAAGACUUCUGAUCAUUGUUGGCUUCUUUAGUUCAUGAAAAAGGGCUUUGUUUUUCCCAUUUAAGUAAUGAUCAAACACAUACUUAAUAGGCUCCCAAAAAAGCCAUCUAAAUCGUCUGAAAAUCGUGAUGGGGGAACCUCCAUCUCCUCGUCAAAUUCCUCUGCCAGCUCAAGAAACAGCGAUCUACCAAGUAAUCGAUCUGGAAACUCAAAUGCCCUGCCACUUUCAGGAUUUAGUUAUGACUCAAAUUCAGGACCAAGUCAUGGAAAUAAACUUUCCCAAGCUGUAAAUUCAAAGCUGAAUGGUAAUUCAACAACCACAUAUGAGGCCUUGCCUGGUUUUAGAGAUGUUCCAAAUUCUGAAAAGCAGAACUUGUUUAUCAAAAAGUUGAACAUGUGUUGUGUAGUGUUUGAUUUUGCUGACCCAACAAAGAACCUGAAAGAAAAAGACAUUAAAAGGCAGACCUUGGUUGAGCUUGUGGAUUAUGUAACUUCUGCAAAUGGAAAAUUCACAGAGACUGUCAUGCAAGAAAUUGUAAAAAUGGUAUCCAUAAAUUUGUUUAGGACGCUGACUUCACCACCCCGUGAGAAUAAAGCUUUGGAGGCCUUUGAUGUGGAAGAGGAGGAGCCCUUGAUGGACCCAGUGUGGCCUCAUUUGCAAAUUGUGUAUGAAUUCCUUUUGCGGUUUGUGGCGUCACCUGAGACAGAUGCAAAGUUGGCUAAGAGGUACAUUGAUCAUUCUUUUGUUCUCAGGUUGUUAGACCUCUUUGAUUCAGAGGACCCCAGAGAAAGAGAGUACUUGAAGACAGUUCUGCACCGCAUCUAUGGAAAAUUUAUGGUGCAUCGCCCUUUUAUCAGGAAAGCAAUCAACAACAUCUUCUAUCGCUUCAUUUUUGAAACGGAGAAGCAUAAUGGAAUUGCUGAGCUGUUGGAAAUUUUGGGUAGCAUAAUCAAUGGGUUUGCUCUGCCAUUGAAAGAAGAACACAAACUCUUCCUUGUUCGAGCAUUGAUUCCGCUUCACAAACCGAGAUGCAUACCCUUGUACCAUCAGCAGUUAUCCUACUGUAUUACACAGUUUGUGGAGAAAGAUUGCAAGCUCGCUGACACUGUUCUAAGGGGAUUGUUAAAAUAUUGGCCGAUCACGAAUAGUUCCAAGGAGGUCAUGUUCCUUGGCGAGCUAGAGGAAGUUUUAGAAGCCACUCAGCCUCCAGAGUUUCAGCGCUGCAUGGUUCCUUUGUUUCACAAGAUUGGUCGUUGCUUGAGCAGUUCACACUUUCAGGUGGCAGAGAGGGCUUUAUUUCUGUGGAACAAUGAUCACAUUGAAAACCUGAUUAAACAAAAUCGCAAAGUUAUAUUGCCAAUUAUCUUCGCUCCUCUGGAGAGAAAUGCAAGAAACCACUGGAAUCAGGCAGUUCAGAGCUUGACCCUGAAUGUUCGGAAGAUAUUUUCUGACGUUGAUCCUGAGCUGUUUGAGGAAUGCUUGCUCAAGUUUCAGGAAGAGGAAGCCAAAGAAAAAGAGACCGUAUCAAAGCGUGAAGCAACAUGGAAACGCUUAGAAGAAAUCGCUGCAAUGAAAGCUGCAAGUAAUGCUCCGGUGCUUGUCACCCACAAAGUAGUUGCGCGAGCUCCUUCUAGCUAGAGAGAGGAAGUUGUUGGUUACUCCAGAUUUCUUUACUAUGCUUGGUCACAAGGUCAAGACCAGUAUGUGGGUUGCAAACUACCACUUUCUGGUUUUAGGUGCAUGGAAUGUAUGUAUAUAUGGGAUGGGUUGGACAAACCAAAUGGAGUUGCACAUUGAUGCGAUACACAUUUACGAUGGAGGAGAUUCGCAUGGUUAGCAUCUGUCGCCGUUUUGCAGUUAUGUACUAAAAGGUGACAUAGGAAGGUCAAUUCACAUAUAUCUCUGUUACAUAUUUUUGAAUUUUCUUUAAUUGAAGUACUUUCUGUUGUCAAUUAUUUCUGUGUAUCACAAAACUUUGUUGUUUCCAUUAAUGUAACUGUUGGUUGGCUGAAAUUCUUUAUAUUGAUUGCUUGAUAAAUCUAUGUAUCCGAAAACAUAUAAAAAAAUUUGGUUA